GGAACAUCCCGUAGUGUUCCUGUCCUUUCUUUUUGGCCCGCAAUGCCUCUAGGAUGGCAAGCUAAUGAAGAUCAAUAUGUUGCAUUGAUAAUAUCGCUCUCUGUUUUCUUUGAAUCAUACUCAAUUUAGGAUACUGGGGUUUCUGUAGCGAGCGGACAUUGCGCCUCGAAAGAAUUCGUUCCAGCGGUAUUCCCCAUGACGUUUUUCUGUCGUCCAUUUCAAGAUGGCGGACGAGGCGAGCAAACCGUUUUCUUUUGGUUUUACCAAGAAAAGAGAGAGCAAGCAGUUAAUAAAUACCGGGAAGGGCGUAUUAGGGAAUGAACAUGGCAUUGAAAAGGAAGAAGAAAAAGAUUUUCUUCACUCGGCUGAAAGAAAUUCCCUUAAAAGUGUAAAGCCGAAAGAAGAGGCGAAAGAGCUCGUUAUUCCACUCAUGAAGAAGAACAGAUGGAUUCUACCAACUGUGGAGGGUCUUGACAAGCAGGCUAUGGAGGAAGUGAUUAAAGAGGCACAGAAAGAUUUACAAUCCAAAGAGAGUGAAGAGGAUGACCUGACAAUCCCUAUCUUGAUGCGAAACAAGCUUCCGGAUAUUUCCGGCUCCGAUAAGGAUGCUGUUAAAAUGGACAUUGCCCUGCGACCUGAACCGACAACUCUUGAGGAGUAUGAGGCAAUGCCAGUGUCAGCAUUUGGAGCUGCCAUGCUACGUGGUAUGGGCUGGAAAAAAGGCCAAGCAAUUGGUGGUUCAGUAAAGGGUCUUGCUGAACCAAUCGAAUACAUUCCAAGGUCCAAGGGCCUUGGGCUUGGGGCAGAGGUCAGAGCUGAGAUGCCAAGCAAGCGAAGACGAAAACCUGGUGACAAAGACCAAAAGCACAGUGGUCCAAUAGUAGGGAAGGAUGGGCGUGUUCGACAUGUCAAAGGAGUUGGAGAGGAAGUGAAGCCGUCUGAACCUCUUGAUUAUCGUGUUGGCACAUGUGCCGUCAUAGGGAGAGGGGCUCACAAGGAUUUACAUGGAAAGAUUAUAUCUGUCGAUGUGGACAACUCUCGGGUCACUGUUUCACUCCAUAUAAGCAAUGAGAAUAUAACACUACACCAGUAUCAUGUACGCUUGAUAGAUAAGGAUGAAUACAAAGAACUUUGCCAGGAAGGCAAAUCAAGGUCCAAGUCAAAUAAAGAUAAAGAAUCCUCAAAAGAUAGAGACAAUAGUCACAGAAGUACGAAAAGAAGAAAAGAGGAAAAUACACAUGAGGAGAGUAGCGGCAGUUAUAAACAGAAGUCGAAACAUGAUAAAUCUGAAGUGAAUGGGGAAAAGAAGAAAAAGUGUUGGCUUCACCCUGAACUUCGUGUUCGAAUAAUAAGUAAAGAUUACAAGAAAGGAAGAUAUUACAACACUAAGGUGAAAGUUGUAGAUGUCAUCAGUAGGGAUGAGUGUGACUGUGAAACUGAAGAUGGAAAGCUACUUGAAGGUGUCAAGCAAUCAAUGCUAGAGACUGUAGUUCCAAAGAAGCAAGAUGCUUACAUAAGAAUCGUGAGAGGCCCUUCGAAAGGACAGCUGGCGACUAUAAUGCAACGUGACACGUCGCAAAGUGAGGCAAUCAUCCAGUUACUCCUGGACAAAAGCAUAGAAACUUACCCUUACGACGAUAUAUGCGAGCAUUUGGGCAGUAUACGGGAGGACCUCAUGUGAUUACGGAAAAAUGAUUUCAUAUGAAGUUAUACUGUAUAAUCUGCAAUGAAAACCUUAGAGGCUCAUGAAUAUUUCUCCGAUGAUAAGUGCUGGUCAUCAAUCACCGGAGUCCUUCAGAACUUCCCCAUCAGGUCUCCAGACUCCACUCAUCAGAACUCCCCAUCAUAUUGUGUUUGUUUGUGUGUUUUGUAAUGUAAAUAUUAUACUCUUCUUCUGGAUUUUUAUAAUAAAAAGCAGGGGAAAAGUGA